AGAACGCGGAGACGCCGGGCCUGAGGGAGGGCGCGCUACGGCCCCAGCAGCGCCCUCGCGUCCCAGGCCUUCCCGGCCCUUCUUCCUCCGCGGGAAGGGCGCGCUGCAGCGAGGGACCCGCAGGAGCGCGGCUCACCAGGGCGGCUGAGGGCGAACCGAGGCGGUGAGGUCACCGACGGUGGACCACGCACCUCACGGCUCGCUGACGCCCAAGGAUCUGGAAUGCUCGGCGCCACCCGGGACUACACUACCCAGAAUCCUCAGCGCGGCCGGGACUACACUACCCAGCAUCCUCGGCGCGGCCCGGGGCUAUGCGACCCUCCGCGUCGCAUCCCCUCGGUGGACUACACUCCCCAGAGUCCUCGGGAGUCGUCCAGGUACACGCCCCAGAAUAUUGGGCAUAGCCGUCCACCCGGGACUGCGCGACCCGGACUCCUCGGAAGGACUCCUCGGAAGGACUCCUCUCUGACAGACAACACCUUUUUGCUUUUCUUCCACAUCUUCACAUUCCUUCAGGAUCAAAAACCUAAGCCACAUGACUGGAUCAGCCGUCACUUGGCCUUCAUUCGGGUAGUGAUGAUCCUCACUGUAGUGGAUGUUUUGCCUCCAGAUAUGCUUGAAUCACUGCAUUUUGGGAAUAACUUCAAAUGCAAGUCCUUGAUCUACAUAAACAGAGUGACGAGGGGCCUAUAUAUCUAUACCAUCUGUCUCCUGAGUAUACACCAGGCCAGCACAAUCAGCCUCAGCAACUUCUGAUUGGCAAGCUUUAAACAUAAAUUUACAAAUAACAUUGUCAGUGUCCUCUUUUUUCUUUUUUGUUCCCUCAAUUUGUCUUUCAGUAGUGACAUAAUAUUCUUCACUGUGGCUUCUUCCAUUGUGACCCAGACCAAUCUACUUAAGGUCCUCAAAUACUGCUCAUGUUCUCCCAUGAAGUCCAUUAUGUGGGGAGUGUUUUCCUUGUAGGAUUACGCUGCUCUCAAGUGCAUACAUGAUGAUCUUUUUGUCCAAGCAUCAGAGGUGAUCCCAGCAUCUUCACAGUACCAGCCUGUCCCCAAGAUCCUCACCAGAGAAAAGGGUUACCCAGAUCAUCCUACCACUGGUGAGUUGCUUUGUGGUCGUGUACGGGGUGGACCUUGUCAUCUCAUCCUCUGCAGCCCUGUUAUGGAUGUAUAACCCAGUCACCCUGAGCAUCCAGAACCUUGUAGCCUGUGUUUAUGCCACUCUUGUUGCAUUGGUACAAAUCCGCUCUGAUAAAAAAUAGUUAAUAUUCUCCAAAAAAUGGAAUUAAAGUGCUAUAAAUUUUUAAUGUGUUGGUGAUGAAAAAUAUUUCUAAAAAGUAGUCUCAUUCUAUAGUUAAAUUGUUCAAGUAGCCCCAGAUUUAGCUUAUUGAGUUUAAAUAAAAUGCAUGGAAUUACACUUUUGUUAAAUUUUUAUGCUUCUGAAACUGAGGCAUCUAAGGACUAUGUAGUUUCUUCAGUUCAAUGUCCACCAUAGAUUGACAUUUCAAAUAUGAAGUCUUUUAUACUUUUAUUUUUAUGUUAACUUUGUACAAGAAAAUGUUUCUGUCUUUUUGAAGUAUACUUUAAAAAAAAUCUUCUUUGGUAAUCAAAUCUCUCAAUGUUUUUACUUUUGAAAAUAUUUUACUUACUCUGUUUAUUAAUGAUACUUUAGCUAAAUAUUCAAUUCUAGCUUUUAAGCCAUGCUUGCUCAUUGUAACCUCCCUGACUAAAAAAAGUUAUGUCAAUUUGGAUUUUAAAUUUAAUCUAGAAUUUAUUUUAAAGGGUUUUAAAUGAAAUUUAUAUGUGGCUAGAUACUGUUUUGGUAAUACUUGAUAGUUUCCCGCCUCUAUUGGGAUAUUAUUGACAAAAAUUUUAUAUAUUUAUGGUACACAAUAUGAUGUUUUGAGGUACAGACAUGUGCACACAGACACACAAACACACACACACACAUUGUAAAAUUACCAAAAUCAAGCUUAAUAACAUGUCAACUACUUCUCAUACUUACGAGGGUAUUUUUGGUGUAUAAUGAGAACAUACGCCAUACAUUACAUCUACUUCAUACACCAUACAUACAUCUACACCAUACACCAUACAUACACCAUACUUACAUCUACUUCAUUAAUAUAAUUUACUUAUACAAUACAUUAUUAUUAAUAUAGCCUCCAUGCCGUAUGCAUAUAUUUAUAUUAACUUCUCUUUGUUAUUGUUGGAGACAGUUGUCUGUCUUUGUUCCCCAGGCUGGAGUGCAGUGGCAUUAUCAUAGCUCACUGAAACCUCAAACUCCUGGGUUCAAAUCAUUCUCCCACCUCAGCCUCAAAAGUAGCUAGAAAGGACUACAGAGGUGCACCACUAUGCCAAGCUAAUUUGUAGUAACAGAGUCUUGCUAUGUUACCCAGGCUGGUCUUGAACUCCUGGCCUCAAGCAAUCCUCCUGCCUUAGUCUCCCAAAAUACAGGGAUUAUAGGCAUGAGCCACAUGCCUAGCUUUAUAACAUUUUCUUUAUACGUUUAUGUGUUGAUGGACAUUUACGUUGUUUUCAUAUCUUGUCUAUUGUGAAUAAUGCUUCAAGAAACAUAGGAGGGAAGAUACCUCUUCAGUAUGUGAUUUUGUGGUCUCUGGAUAUUUAACCAGAGGUAGGAUUCCUGAAUCAUACGAUAGUUUUAUUUUUAAUUUUUUGAUGAAUCCUCAUGCUGUUUUUCAUAAUGGCUUUACCAAUUUACAUUCCCAGUGACAGUGUAUAAGGUCCUCCAUCAUUGAUAACAUUUGUUUUCUUUUGAAUUUUUAAUAAACAUUACCCUAACAUGUGCU